AUGCCCCCAAUAAGUGAUAAAGGAGCGUUAGAAGCUCACAUAUUGAAUCAGGAAAUUGUUAGGCUCGAUACUAUGGCUAAACAGAAGAUUGACCAUAUCAAAGAAAACGUUCGCAGUGAAAAAGCUUUGCAUGAGGAAACACGAGAAGCGAAAGAGUUGUUGGCAUCUUUGGCUAGCAAAAUUGACAUGCUCAAGGCAAUUACGUCAAGGUUGUCAUCUAGACGGGAGCAACAAAAUGUCCGCGAAAGUGCAGAGCGACAUGGCAAAGAGUUAACCGAAAAUCAGCAUCAACUUCGCAGUGCUACCAUCCAUGCCAGAAAGUCCAUCAACGAGUCAGCUCGUUCCCUGCUACUUGAAGGAGGCUCUGAGGAGGCGGAACGAAGAAAGCGACUAAUGGACGAAAAAAGUUUGAAAGAAGAUGCUGUAAAGACGACCGAACGAUUGUCAGAUUUGUUAUCAAAGAUGGGCGAACAAGUUGCGCAAAAUGAGUCUCAAUCAUUAGUCAUGGAAGUUGACGAUGCCCCCGUAAAGAUGCAGGACAUGGUUCGAGAAUAUGCUGAAUUGUUGAGGCAGUCGAAUGACGAGGAUGCGAAACGCAUGGUAACUCGUGUUGAGGGAAUCCUCGAGGCUACAGAUGACUCA